AUGUCUUUCCGCCCCUCGAGACACACAAUUCGUCUCCUGGGCUCUAUCACCAUAGUGCUCACAGUGAGCACAACUGUAUUCUUCAUCCUAUAUUCCGCCUCUACUAUCUCAGCUCGUUCCGUCCUCUCGUCGUCCUGCACCGCAGCUGCAGCUUUCGACAUUACAACAUGUAUUCUUCUGCUUCUUUUCACUAUAUUUCCCCCCGAAAAACGUCUAUAUCUGUUAGGUGGGGUUAUCUCAACUGCCCUGGCUGUUGUUCUUUCCACCCUUGCAUUAGGGUGGAUGAGCUUCCGUCCGAAGGCAAUGCCAAAUACCAUGUUCGGCCGUGACAGAGACCCUAUGGUCAUUGCGGGGUUUUCAUUGUUUGUUGUUUCCCUUGUUUUUCAGGCAAUAUUUUGGACACUACAAGCAUUUAACUGCCUUCGCUCGUCCGAUGGAACCGAAAGGCUCGAAUCAGCAUCAGAAACGGUCAUAGAAAAGCCUCCUGAGCCAGUCGAUUUUACCUCUCACAAUUUUUCUUCUUCUACAACUCUUGGAGAUAAUAGCCAUAAUCCCUUUGUUCUGCGUCCAACUCCUACACACUCAAAGCUUCAUAAUCCAACUGUGCUAUACGUCAUUCAAACUCCUCCGAUUACAGGGCUUGGGGCUGAGGUUGAUCCUUUUGACACGUGGGAUACAUCAGAUGUUUGUGCAACUCAGAGGGCGGCUUGUACUCUAGCUGCAAUCGAAUGUGAACAGAACACAGAUGCAACCAUAGGGUUGGGAAUAUUCACGCCCGCCGAUAUUACUAUUACAGAUUGCAAAUCUACUGGGAUUGAGGUCGAAAUGGAGGAGGUUCUCGAUGCUAUACGGAUUCAUCCGCCAGUAAUUGAAAGACAAAGCAGCCCGCCAAUACCAGACUACGACAUGACACCCCGAAGCGCUAGUUUUCCGGGAAAUGUUUUUCGAGAACACAUAUCGAUGAUGAGAAUGUCUAGAACCCCAACCCUAGUUAUAAGUCCUACUGGGGGUAGUCGAGAAUUUGAUGAAGGAAGCGGGCGGCUAGUAAAUAUUAGAGGUUCUCAAAGCGAAUUUGGAACUGGUAAUUUACUAGUCAGGUCUCAGACUAUGGUGUAA